UUUCCUCUCUUUCCCUUCUCUUUUUUUUUCUUUCUUCUUUUCCUUCCUCAUCACACCUACUGCAACUGGUCAUCAUCGGCCCCCACUGCUGCCACUCUCGUCACCCAUCGUCGGCGAUGCGACUACGGGCACUACCCCGACCAACACCCCCCUUCUUCCUUCUCAUCUCAUCACCUCUCUCUUAUAGCUCACAAUCUCUCUUUUACUACCCAUUUUCUCUCACAUCCCACCUAGCCGCACCACGCCAGUGGACGUCGGCCAAUCACAAACAUCGUCCUUCCGGUGGAUUGGAGGUGGAGGCCGCCGGAGACUUAUAGGCUGAGCAAAGGGGUUGGUUUGAACGGAAAAAGGGGGGGUCAUUCAACCGUUCGGUUCUUGAAGAACCGUCCGGUUCGCCUGUUUACCGGUCCAACCGUCGGUUCAGACGGAGGGAACGAACUGGGAAGGCCACCGGUGGACGGUGGUCCGGUUUUUAAAACGUUGAGAAACAGCAAUGGCCACCCACCACAUUAUCAAACGUAUUCUUCUUCAUCCUUCCUCCACAUCCCUCCGAUUCAAAACCACCUCAGUCCAAUAUGUAGCCUCCAGAGCCAGAGAUCCCACAUUCGAGAAGCUCAUGGACGAUUAUAAAAACCUACUCAAAGUCGUCGCUAUUCAGGACCUAAUCCUUGCAAACCCUAAAAACCCCACCGUUUCCCUCCAAUUCCUCUCCAAUCUCUCCCAAAAACUCCACCUCAAUCGGGGUGCCGCCUCCUUUCUCCGCAAAUACCCUCAUAUUUUCCACGUUUUCUAUGACCCAUCCAAGUCCCUACCCUUCUGCAAAUUGACUGAUGCCGCAGUCGAAAUUUCCCGCCUAGAAGCGGUUGCAAUACGUGGUUCGAUACCCAUUGUGGUGGACCGGUUGGUUCGGCUGCUGUCCAUGUCUACGAUGGGGAAAUCAUUGCCGCUUCGAGCGAUUUUCAAGGUUUGGAGGGAGCUUGGCCUUCCUGAUGAUUUCGAGGACUCUGUAAUAUUGCAAAACCCCCAUCUUUUUAAGCUUUGUGAUGGCAAUGAACCGAAUACUCAUGUGUUGAAGCUUGUAAGUGUAGUUCCUAGUGGUAAUUUGAGGGCUGCAGUUGAGAAUUGGAGGAUUAUGGAGUGUUGUAAGGAGGAUUGUGGUUCUAGUGUUAAUCCACUCGAACUUCGGUACAGUUUCAAACAUGGGUUUCCUCCGGGAAUGAGGUUGGGGAAGAACUUUAAGGCCAAGGUUAAGGAGUGGCAGAGGCUGCCAUAUGUGGGGCCGUAUGAGGAAAUGGGGGAGAAGAAGAAGUCUAAGUCUGAAAUCAUGGGGUUGGAGAAACGGGCAGUUGCAAUUGUUCAUGAAUUUUUGAGUUUGACGGUGGAGAAAACAGUGGAAGUCGAGAAGAUUAGUCAUUUUAGGAAAUGGUUUGAGAUUGAUUUGAAUAUAAGGGAUUUGUUUUUGGACCAUCCUGGGAUGUUUUAUUUGUCAACCAAAGGAAAGAGGCAUACAGUUUUUUUGAGGGAAGCUUAUGAAAGGGGUUGUUUGAUUGAUCCAAAUCCUGUGUAUGAUGCUAAGAGAAAGCUUCUUGAUCUUGUUGUUUUGGGACGCCAUCGUUUAUUUUCCAGUGAUUCAACACUCCAGGACAUGGAUGGUAGUGAGGAGUGUAAGUUGCAAGAGGAGGGCGGCAAUGGUUGAAGUCGUGAUGAAAUCUUACAUGUGACCGGGAGUUACAAUUGUAAAUUGUGGAUGGAGUUUUCAGAUUGGGAGAUACUCAAUUGCAGGAAGAAGGUUGAAAUUUAUACUAAAAUGAAGUUAGAAAAGCCAAAUGAAGAAGGUUCAAUGGAAAUGUGUGAUUGUCCAAACACGUAUUGAUGGUUUUAUGUAUGUUUGUUGGCAAUGGCAAGUUUGUGACAUUAGAUGGUAACUUAAAUCCCUUGCCAGGGGAAAACCCUAAUUUGUUUACAGUUUCUUUCGGGUUAAAAGUGUUAAGAUGGAGGGCACACAAUUCCUUUGAAAGAAUUGGCUACCAGAUGUUUGUACUAUCUUGAAUUGAACAUUCAAACUAACCAGGCUAACUGGCUGGACCAUUUUGUGACUUUUGACAUUUGGUGCUAGACAGCCUCAAGUCUCUGAAGUUACAAGGGUUUAAGUGGAUCAUUACCACAGGAGAAUGUGGCAAAUUCAAUCAAGAUGAGUGAAUAGAAGCAUUUCUGAAGGAUGCUAAAAUUAUCUUCAAAGGGCGAAGCUUUUAGCGAAGGAUUGUUUUGCUCUUUCAAGUCCUUGAUUUUUGGUGAUAUAUGGUGUGGCUAUAUAUUGGCCAUUUCCUCAGGUGGUAAACAAGCAUGUACUCUUCAAGGAGGAGCUAGCAGAAAGAAAAAAAAACAGUCCACUUGUACAAGAUUUUUUGAUAUAAUCUCUCACACUGAACUCUUAGCUUUGUAUUGAAGCCAUAGGCUCGUGGACUCUAUGAAGCAAUUGAAAAUGAGAAUAGAAUUCGUAGAGAAUACUCAAAUGGUUCUGAUUUAAUAUACUCUCUUGAAGAUUUGCAACUAGGAGCUAAAGGGGAUCUGUUGGAGCUUAGCCAAGGUCGUCGGUUCCAGCUUACUUUGGAUGAAUAUGAGGGCUCUUGUUUCAGUAACAGAGCCGUGGUGCUUGACGCCCGACAAAUGACUGAGCCAUUCUUAUAUCAUUGCGGUGUUUUUCUUGUGCCUAAGGCCAGUCUCUUCUCCAGCAUAUUUGUUUGAUUUGCAUGCACUGCUAGGUAUUAAGGGACCCACUCAUUUGCAUUACAGCUACUUUUAAUCUAGUGUUGUAAAAACUAGUCCAUUGGCGGUCCCAAUCUGAUUUGAUCCCAAGCAGCCACUGUUCUUUUCAUGUUCAACUAAUAGAGAAAUUCUUCCAAGAUCAUUUCAAAACCAAUAAAAAUUGGUUGAACCAACUGAACUGACCAGUUUUGUUGCAUUUAAAGAUCUAGUUAGUUCUUAACAUUUGAGGAAAAGAAUGUCCAUGGUAGAAACAGCAAAGAUUUAUACUAGUGUGUGGGCUUACACAUUGUUAUUCUUGCUUCCUGGUGGAUCUUGGCCUCUUAACUUCAAUCUUCUGGUCUAUUUAUCCU